AUGUCUCACGCACAAAGUGAAAAUCUACGUGACUGCCUGGUUAUUAGCCUUAUCGACAUUUUUGGAGUGUCAUAUUUUUCUCUUUUCGCUAUCCAGUACCUGAUAUUCAAUUUCCCGUCUACGCCUGCCGAUAUCGUGAAGGCACUCUCUGUGAUCUUCUUCGCUAUCGGUGUGAUCGGCUGGUGCUUAUUGUCUCUAUCCUAUCGACUGAUUGCCUGCAUCCAGAGGGAUUACGCGGCUUACUGGCAAAAGUUAGAAUUUGGAGGUGUCCUGCUCCUGAUUUGGACUACCACCCUACCCACCGUGGUUCUUCUAUUCCCUACUCAGCCUUUGCUACAGUUAGGAUAUCUGGCUAUGUUCAGUCUUGUUUUCGUGGGAAGCUUGGUGGAUAUCUUCGCGUACGACCCCAGCAUUACUAUGAUUCGGGUACGGUUUCCAUAUUACUGUACCUCGCUUGGCAUCCUUGCCUUGGUUCCGAUAAUCCACUCGUUCACCGAAGCCCCAAGUGCUACCCCCGCACUGGCAAUUGCUUUUGGUCGUAUGGCUGUGGUGAAUACAAUGGGUGCCGUGUUUUACCUCCUCCGUCCCUUGGAGCGAACGCGCCUUGUCUCAGAAUGGCAGCCCAGCCUCUACGUGAUGCACAUAGCGUUGGCCUAUAGUGUUGCCAGAUACUCUCAAGCUAUUCUACAGAGCUCACUUUGA